UGUUGUUGUUUGACUAAAAUGAAGAGAUGAUGAGAAAUGUCGAACAAUGCGAAAACUAAGGAAAAGAAUAAGAGUAAAGGAAUAGGCAAUUUGUUUGGAUUGCAUAGGAAAAGUAAAAGGUCUCAAAAUGAAAACAAGGCAAACAAAAAUGGUGACAAAAAUGAUAAAAAGGAGGAAGAAAGUAAUAGACAUUUACACGUCGGUUAUAAUGAUGUUGUCAAAGAAAAAGUUGAAGAUGUCAAUAAACUAACAAAUGGUGAAGCAAAUUUUUCGAUUAAACCAAUCACACCGAUUACAUUAAUAAAGCAUAAAAAGGCUGUUAUUUUGAAUCAUAAAUUCACAAAUUCUUCUGAUUCUCUCCCUGAUGUGGAUAAGACAUCGACUAAAUUAAAAAAUGGCACAUUACCAAACAACACAGAAGAACGAGUGUUGCAUGUUCCACAGAGUUUUCAACAACCGAUUAAUACAACUUUAACGGUAAACCCGCAGCCAGCUAUGAUUCCGAUGGAGAUACGACAGAUAAAAAAGUCGCCGAUUGUUCUACGUCAAAUUGAUGUACGUAGAUCAUACGAAAAACAUUUAGCAACGCCAAUUUGUCAACAAAGCCGCCCAUCUACUUCCGCGCAGGAACAGAAACACAAAAAUUUAAAUGAACCGCCGACGAUAUUGUUCUCAGGUAACACGUCAGAACUUAUGCAUGAAGAAUUUAUUACAGUUGCAGAGGACAAUAACGAUUUUAAAGAUGGAAAACUAACAGACAGAACAUACGAGAAUAACUUACACACUGCAUCAACAUGCGAACUUACUGAAUCCAGUAGCAGCAAUUUCUCAACAAAUAUUGAAGAUGAUCUUUUACAUACUAGAAAAAAGGAAAUAGAAAAUGAUAAUGCUGCCCACAUAAUAGACUCUUCUGUGAAUGUUCCUUUAAAUGAUGGAAUUAAGUUUCAUACUGAUCACAAUAACAAUACACAAAUAAUCGCUUCACAUAGUAAGAAAAUUGAUAAUAAUGUUACAUCACAUGAUGAUACUCUCAAUACAAUGAAACCAAAAGAAAAAAGAUUCAAUCUUGAAAUGCUGGAUAUAUCGGUGACUUUAGGAACGGGGACAUUUGGUAGAGUGUUUCUUGCAGAGGAAGACGACAAAAAACACAAUGGCAGCGAAGUUGUGUAUGCAAUUAAGGUUAUGCGCAUCAAAGAUAUCAUAAAGUUGAAUCAAGUUGAGCAUGUAAACAGUGAAAGAAAAAUCUUGCAACUUACUGAUCACCCGUUUAUAGUAAAAUGCUUUUGGACUUAUCGAGAUGAAAAAUGCUUAUAUAUGCUGUUUGAAUACGUCCCAGGUGGAGAACUGUUUACAUAUUUGCGUGAAAAAGUUCGAUUUUCUGCAAGCGACACACUCUUCUACGUUGCUGAAAUUAUUUCUGUGUUGGAGUAUCUCCACGAAAGAGAUAUUGUGUAUCGCGAUUUGAAACCAGAAAACUUGCUCAUUGAUAACGAAGGUCACCUGAAGUUCACAGAUUUUGGUUUCGCUAAAAUUUUACAUGACACGACAUGGACGUUAUGUGGAACACCUGAAUACCUUUCUCCAGAAGCGAUUCAAGGGAAAGGACAUGAUUACACGUGUGAUUGGUGGGCCCUGGGUAUACUUACAUAUGAAAUGUUAGUAGGAGAAGCUCCAUUUGUGGAUGAUCACCCUUUUGGUUUAUAUGAGAAAAUACUUGCAUGCCACAUAUGUUGGCCAUCAUACCUUAAAAACACAGAACAAAUGGAUUUUAUUUCAAAGCUUGUCGUAGUGGAGAGAAGUAACAGGCUCGGAAAGGGUCAGAAUGGAAGUGAUGAUGUAAAAAAGCAUACUUGGUUGCGAUACAUCAACUGGAAUGAUGUAUAUUACAGAAGGCUAAAACCUCCAAUCCUCCCAAAAGUGGCAUUUAAUAGCGAUACAAGUAAUUUCGAUGACUUUGAUGAGGACUGGGAACUAAGAAGUUGCCAUGACGUCACAGUACAAGAAAGAAACAAGUUCAUUGAAUGGGAUACAUGAUGACAUUGUAAAAGUGAGACAUGCUCUUAUGUUUCCAAGUGAAAUUACGUUGUUGUUGUUGCUAAGUAAUGUGGUUGUUAAGGUCUGCUGUUAUGCCGUCUUAUCGUUGACAUGAUUUUUAAGACAUUACAGUUUGUACCAAACAUGCUAAAUCAAUAUAUAAAUAUAUACAUAUAUACACUUUAUUGUAAGUGUGAACAUGGUUUUUCUCUUAUUUUUAUUGUCAGUAAAUAGAAGAAGAAUAAAUAGAAGAAUUUGA